AUGCCGCACGGCAGCGAGGCGGUCGUCGAGGCCGCGGCGGCCGAGAAGACUGCCAACGAGCUUCAAGUUGAUGCGGAGGCAGCCCCGGAGGCAGCCCCGCUGGCGCCGCCGCCGCCCGCCGCGCCGGCGGCCACGGAUGCGCCCGCCGACGCCGCCGCGCAGGAGCCGGACGCCGCCGCAGCCGCGGCCGACGCCGCGCCGCCGGCGCCGGCGCCCGAGGCCGUCGACGACAAGCCCGCGCGCGGCGGCCGGCCGCGCCGGGGCCGGCCGCGGGGCCCGCGCGAGCGCAAGGACGGCCCGCGGUCCGGCGCGCGCCCGGGCGGCGCCGGGCGCACGAUCUGGAUCGGCGCCGCGCACCGGUCGCUCAAGGUCUGCCACGAGAUCCUAGGCGCCGCGCUGCCGGACGCCGUCCGCGGCUUUCCCGUGACCGUGCACGCGAUGUCCUUCCGCGACAACCGCAACGAGCUCUCGUUCCAGCUGGACCUCGGCGCCUGCGCGGCCCUGGCGCCGCCCGCGGCCGCGGACGCGCUCACCGUCGCGUCGUCGACGGACUACAGGGUCCUCGGCGGCGCCGUCGCGAACCGCCUGCGGGCCAACAAGGUCACGAGCCUCCGCGCCAUCGGCAAGAAGGCCGUCUGGGCGGCCAUGCGCGCCGUCGCCGUCGCGCGCGAGUACACCGCCGCGGACGACCGCGCCGCGACGCUCGCGCGGACGCCGCGUCCUCGUUUUUUUUUCUCGGGCGGCGACGCGGCGCUCAUCCUCGUCGCCCUGGCGCUGUCCAGCGCCGCCGCCCUGACGCGGUCGCCCAUGCGCAUGUCCGCGACGGCGACCCCGACGCACGUGACGACCAAGUCCGACGCCAUCAUGGCCGAGGCGAAGACGGUCAUGCCCGGCGGCGUGAGCUCGCCGGUGCGCGCGUUCAAGUACGUGGACUACGUGGGCACCUGGGGCCCGGCGAUCUGCGGCCACGCCAACGACGAGGUCAACGAGGCCCUCGUCGAGUGCCUGAAGAAGGGCACGUCCUUCGGCGCGCCGUCGGCGAACGAGAACGUGCUCGCGAAGAUGGUCAUCGACGCCGUGCCGUCCGUGGAGAUGGUGCGCUUCACGAACAGCGGCACGGAGGCCUGCAUGGGCAUGCUCCGCCUCGUGCGCGCCUACACGGGCCGCGAGAAGGUCAUCAAGUUCGAGGGCUGCUACCACGGCCACGCGGACGGCUUCCUCGUGCAGGCGGGCAGUGGCGUCGCGACGCUGGGCCUCCCCGACUCCCCCGGCGUGCCCGCGGGCGCGACCCAGGGCACGCUCGUCGCCGAGUACAACAACCUCGAGUCCGUCGAGGCGCUCUUCGCGGACCACGAGGUCGCGGCCGUCGUCCUCGAGCCCGUCGUCGGCAACAGCGGCUUCAUCCCGCCGUCCAAGGAGUUCCUCGAGGGCAUCCGCGCGCUCACGGAGAAGAACGGCGCGCUCCUCGUCUUCGACGAGGUCAUGACGGGCUUCCGCAUCUCCUACGGCGGCGCGCAGCAGCACUUCGGCGUCACCCCCGACGUCACGACGAUGGGCAAGGUCAUCGGCGGCGGCCUGCCCGUGGGCGCCUACGGCGGCAAGAAGGAGAUCAUGGAGAUGGUCGCGCCGGCGGGCCCCAUGUACCAGGCGGGCACGCUCAGCGGCAACCCGCUCGCGAUGACCGCGGGCAUCAAGACGCUCGAGAUCCUCUCGCGGCCGGGCCAGUACGAGAAGCUCGCGGCCCUCACGGAGAAGCUCGUGGAGGGCGUCCUCGCCGAGGGCAAGGCCGCGGGCCACGCCAUCUGCGGCGGCUCCAUCUCCGGCAUGUUCGGCUUCUUCUUCUGCGACGGCCCCGUCGCGAACUUCCAGGAGGCGACCGCGUCGGACACGGACAAGUUCGCGCGCUGGCACCGCGCCAUGCUCGAGCGCGGCGUCUACCUCGCGCCCUCCCAGUACGAGGCGGGCUUCAUGUCCCUCGCGCACACCGAGGAGGACGUCGAGAAGACCAUCGCCGCGGCCAAGGAGGCGCAGUGCGUCGUCGCCGGCAGGCGCAUCGCUUUCUUCGGCGAUUCUCUCUCGCGCUUCUGCUACUUUGGGUUCAACACGUUUCUGGCCACGGGCGAGGUGCGCGACCACGAGUUCGACGUGAGCGAGGGCGACGGCGAGAACAGCAACGACUACGACAGCUUCGACACGUGGAACGACAACGGCCUCGUCAGCGACGGCAAGAACCACCGCAUGCACCUGCGGAAGGACUUCGCGGAGUACGGCGCGCACACCGAGUACUACUUCAUCCAGAACGUGUGGUACGACGACCUCGACGACACGCCCCUGGAAGCGGACGUGGAGAUCGGCGACGCCGACAACGAGGGCUUCAUCGCCGACAUCGUCGCCGGCGACGAGACGAUCCGGUCCAUAUCGCUCGACCUCGACGCGGACGUGGUCGUGUUCAACAUGGGCUGGUGGGUGCUCAAGCACAAGUACGUCGACUACGACUGCGGCGAGAAGUGGGACUCGAAGUGCGCGGACUGGUACGAGGAGAUGAUGGAGCUCGUCGUCGAGAACCUGCUGGCCAUGAACGACGUCGGCAGUCGCGUCGCGUCGGCCGCGGGCGCGUCGGUGGUGGACAUCUUCCCGCUCUACGGCCUGAGCGACCUGCCGAGUGCGACGUUCGACAUGAAACACGCGAACGUCGCGAGCUGCCACGAGUGGAACGAGCUCAUCCUGCGCGCCGUCGACGACGCCGCGGGCACGGCCUGCUUCCCCCCGGCGCCGACGCCGCGGCCGUCCCGCGAGCCGACCUACGCGCCGUCCUACGCGCCCACGGCGCCGUCGUACGCGCCGACCGCGGCGCCGACGGCGCGCGAGCCCACGCCCGGGCCGUCGCCCGCGCCGACGCCGCGGCCCUCGGCGGCGCCGUCCCCGGGCUGGCCCGCGGGCUGCGUCGACGACGAAAAUUGGCACAAGAAGAACGCGCCGAGCAAGGACUGCGCGUGGGUCUCGGACUAUCCCGGCGGCCGGUGCCUCGUCGUUGGCGCGGACGACAGCGUCGCCCACGAGAGCUGCGAUCGAGCCUGCGGCUGCUCCGCGCCGCCGACGCCGCGGCCCUCGCCGGCGCCGCCGUCCGUCGCGCCCGCGCCCGCGCCGACGCCGCCGCCGACCGCGGCGCCCGCGGCCUCGCCGACGCCGCCGCCGACCGCGGCGCCUGUUGCCGCGCCGCCGGACCCGACGCCCGCGCCGUCGCCCAAGCCGUCGCUCGCGCCGUCGCCGCGGCCCACGCCCAACCCGACGCCCAACCCGACGCCCGACCCGACGCCCGAGCCGACGCCCGAGCCGACGCCGGCGCCGACGGUCGCGCCCGGGUCGCCGACCAAAGCUCCCGUCUUCGCGCCGACGCCCGCGCCCGUCCUGUCGCCGACGGCGGCGCCCGUGGCGACGUCGCCGAGGCCGACGGCCGCGCCGGCGCCCGCGCCGACGCCGCUGCCCGGCAGUCCGACGCGGGCCCCCGUCGCGCCCGCGACGCCCGCGCCCGUCGCGCCGAGCACCGCGCCCGUCGCGCCGAGCCCCGCGCCCGUCGCUCCGACGCCGUCGCCCGUCGUCUCCGCGGCCGCCGCGGCGACGGCCACCGACGCCGCGGCGGGAAGCUCGGACGACGAGGACGACGACGACAUCGAGAGCGCGUCGCUGUCGCUGCCCGCGGUCCUCGGCAUCCUCGCGGCGCUCCUCGUCCUCGCCGCCGCCGCGGUCGGCGCGACGUACUACAAGCUCCGGCCCAAGCCGGCCUUCGCGCCGACGACCGCGGACGCCGACGCGGCGGACGUCGCCAUCCCCGUCGAGUCCGACGACGCGCCGUUCUCGCCGACGAAGACGUCCAGGUUCGCCGCGUCCGCCGCCGGGUCGCCCGCGGACCGCCUCCGGCGCCUCCGCCAGGACUCGCUGGAGGGCACCGUGUCCAGGCAGGCCCUCGACGACCACCUCGUCGAGCUCAUCGACCACCUCGACCACACGACGGCGCUCGCGCGCGACGCGGCCGACCCGCCGCGCGACAGCUCGUGGUCCGCGCCCGACGGCGUCUCCGUCCAGGUCGAGAUGGCCGCCGACCCGCCGGCGCCGCCGGCGGACCUGUCGCCCAUGAACGUGGUCGUCGAGGACCCGUUCACGGACGACGAGGACGACCACGAGGCGCACAUCCACCUCGACGAGCCCACGUCGCCGCUGCCCUCCCACGUGCUCGCGCGCCUCGCGGAGAAGCCGCGGGCGGCGGGCGUCUAG